UUUCGGGAUAUCAUGGGGAAAAGUGAGUGUACUGUCAAAUAUAUACCACCCGAGAAUUCUAUAGUUCACCAAUGUUCAACAACCCAUGACUAUGUGUCCUUUACCACAUGUAACGAAACUGGUCAGUGGCUACGAUUCGACGACUUGGUGAAUAAAGCAUGCGAAGAUCUGCCGUACAACCCAGUUCGUGAUUAUAAGAAUAUAUUUUGCUACAUAUGUAACACAUACCGCACAUGGGAAUACAUAAAGGCGGAUUACAUACCCAAGGACCCUACGCCUUUCUCGGUUGCUCUGUCGUCUUUAUUAGAUCUUUCUGAUGGAACCCCGAUGGCGAAUGAGGCGGCUUUGAAUGAGUUGACCUGUUCAGAGCUAGAAGACCCGUAUUUGUGUACUUGCAGGAACACCAGUUGUGUUAAUGGCAAGAAGCUCAAGGGUGGAGAAUGUGUAUCUGUAUUUGAAGUCACCAAUUUAAUUAGCUAUUUGAUAGUUUUAGAGGUGGAGGUACGAUUCAACUCAACCGUCAUUAGCUCAGACGACACCUUGAAUUUUAAAGAUAUAAUACAAAGUAACAUAGCUGAAUUGGUGGGUAGUUUGACAUUUAUGAUUACAAUUGUACAAUAUAUUAGUCCGUGUAGGGAGAGUAUGACCAUAAUCUAUGGAGUGGAGUUUCCGGUUAUCUUCAAAAAAGCAGUGAACAUCAGAGAAUUUGAAAACAGAAUUUUGUCAGAAUUACCAAGAUGGGGUCAAAUGAACAUAGAUAUGCACUUAACCUUUUCAUUUAAAGGCAAACGUUUACGUCCACAAUUUACUUAUAUUCUCAACAGUGAUCUAACUAUUCCUUGUAAGAAAUACAAUUCCGUCAACAUGUUUCAUCGCAUGCAAAAUGAGAAUAUUUUGUUCACAAUGUCAGAAACAGUAACUUUUCAUAAAAUUUAUACGUGUCCAUCUAUAGCUCUCCAUGAAACCGAAGUUAUCUUUUAUAUUGCCAACAAAACUUUACUGAUAAGAGCGAAUAACAGAUUACUUAACGACUUUGAAUUCCAAAUAACAAUGGAUGGUGGUUAUUUGGUGUGCGUUGAUGAUUACACUCAACAAGCUAUUGGUGCAGAAGCAAAGCCAUGUCCCGAUGCAGGAACAACUAAAUUUGUUAGUUACCCAAAAUCUAGCAUAUCAACAUUGGGUCUAUUGUCUGGUAUCUGCACAAGUUGUUCAUUGUUCUUUCUUUUCGUCACAUUUCUUGUGUUCUGUCUUCUAAAGAAACACUGUACAUCAACUGGAACAGGCAUCAUGGCGCUGACUGUAACACUCUUCAUAGCCCAGGCUUUGUUUGAAUUUGGAGCUGAACAGAUAGAGAUAAAAUGGGUUUGUGAAACACUUGGAGUCCUGACUCAUUUCUUUUGGUUGUCGGCCACUUUCUGGAUGAACGUAUGCACUAGUAUACUUUUCUACAAUUUGACUUACCCAAUGGAGUCACGGCUUAUAUCCACAGGUAAGAUGAUGUUUUACUCAAUUCUCUAUACAUGGGGAUGUCCUAUGCUGAUUGUUAUGGUAGUGAUUCUAACUUCCCAUUUACAGUUUGGUAACCUGGGUUAUGGAGGAUCAUCCUGUUACAUCACCACAUCUACAUGUAGAAGAUUCGCAUUUGCACUACCCGUAGGAUUAUUGAUAUUACUUAAUAUUGGCUUAUUCUCUUACACGUUCAUCAAACUUCGACGAGCCAAAAAGAUUCAGUCAAAUCAAGAAAAUCAGAUCGGUAUGUUCGCUUGUCUGAAACUAUCAGUUAUCACUGGACUCACUUGGAUUUUUGCUUUCCUUUAUGAGGCUACGGGAUAUGAAGCUUUUGUUUAUUUAUUUACCGUUUUUGUUGGUGCCCAGGGCUUUAUACUGUUUUUGGUAUUUGCAUGCAACAAAAGAAUCUUCAAGCAGGUGAAAAGUGUGUAUACUAACACCAAGACCAAUGAAAGAUCUGGGAAUAAUAAAUCAAGAGCCGAAAUUAAAGACGAGACCAAAAACCUCCCAAACACACGUCCCCCAUCCAUGGCAGAAGUGAACGCUGUUGAAAACAAUUCAACAAAUAAAGGUUGAAGUUCCCUCAAACAUUGCCUACAAAAGUUUUGUGACGGAGGUGUUGAAUUGAAAAGAAGAAAUUGGUGGUGGUCAACAGGUAUCUUAAGACGACGGAUGAAUUUUGCGUCGCUCAUUAGAAAUUGGGUGGACGUAUUCCUACUUAGAUCAUUUUGAGGUUAACGUAGGGUCUUUGUUUAAUUUUGUUUAGGUUAAUCCCAUUAGUGUUUCUUGAAAAUAUUUAUAUAAUCUGACGUAUCAAGCGUUAUUAUUCGUACUGAAUUGAUAUUUGAAACAUCACAA